AUGGCUCGAACUAACAUGUCUACCUCCACCACCAAGACUUCCACCCCCGGCGGAGCAAGCAACCGCUCCUCUUCCUCAACAACCAACCAAUCCUCCAGCCCUAAUCCCAACAUCUCCACCACAUCUGGCACCGGUACGAACGCCCCGGCCUCGAAUACAUCUACCUCCACAUCCGCAGCCAACCCACAUGCUGAUUUCCGCAUGGUGCUGCUGGAGAGGACGCUAUUCAUGACGGCCGAAGAGGGAAUCGUCUUCCAGCGCGCACAGCAAAAGCUGUGUGCCGCCGCCGCCGCAAAUGAGCCGUGUCAUCUCACUGCCCAGGAAAAGGCCAUUACGUUAAGGGUGUUUGGUAUCCAUGCUGACGUUCAUGGUAUGUCUCGUAAAAACGGAGCGCGGAUGUGA